AUGAACGCAGUCGAGGAAAAAAAUAAUAAAAAAUCUUCCGACGAUGAAUUAAUUAUAGCACUUGAAGGUCGCUUUGAAAGUGAAACGGAACCUGCAGUUAUUGUAUUGGAAAAAGAAUCGUUUUUAAGUGAAAGUAUUUCAAAGAUUUUUCAGGAAGAAAAUGAAAUCAAAAUUAAUUUUAUAAAUGACAUUUAUUACGGUUAUCAAUACUUUCCCAAGUCAAUAUUUAAUGGCAUUAAAGCAACUGUAAUACAUCCAGCAACAGAAAAGCACAUUACAAAAUAUGAACAUCAACCUCUUCAUCUCAUUGAAGAAACUCCAGAACUUUACUACAGUGUAACAUUACCAUUUCUUAAAAGUGAACAGUUUAGCUUACAGUGGGUGUUUAAUAUUUUGGAUCAUAAAGCAGAAACAGAUAGAAUUAUAUUUGAAGAUCCUGACAGUGAAACAGGUUUUGUUUUGUGCUGUGAUCUCAAAUGGGAUGGCAAGUCAAUUGACACAUUGUAUUUAUUAGCAUUGCCUUUUAAAAAAGGCAUUAUGUCAUUAAGAGAUCUUACUCAAAAGGAUCUUCCUCUUUUAAAAAAUAUAUACACCAAAAGCAUAGAAGCAAUAGAAAAGAAAUAUUCUAUUCCAAGUUCUCAACUUCGAGUUUAUGUACAUUAUCAACCAUCUUUUUACCAUUUUCAUGUACAUUUUACUCAUCUCGAGUAUUCCGUUUCUGGUAGUGAAACAGAUCGAGCUCAUUUACUUACUACAGUGAUAAAUAACUUAGAAUUGGUUUCUAAUUAUUAUCAAAUUUCAAAAUUAAACUUUAUUCUUAAAGAGAGUGAUGGUCUUUUUUCUAAAUAUGAAUCUCUUGGACAUGUGCAUCGGUUUGAUUUUUCUAUUAAAGUUAAAAUUAAAAAGUCAGAAAUUGUAAUUGAAAACAGUGGCAAGUUGUGCAGUGUUGCAUUUGAGGAUUUUGUUGUAGAACCAUUAACUGCAGGAGGAUUCAAUGUAAAAAACAAUCUUUUUUGUUUUAGAAUUCAAGUUGAAUGCAAUGAAAAUGUUACAAAAAAAUCAAAUCUAAAUGUAACUCCUGCAAUUGCGAAUUGUACUAAUCUUUAUUGUAAGUGCUUUAAUUCUUUGACUAAAGAAACAAAAUUUAAAAGAAUUUUACCUUUACCAAACACAGAUUGUAAUAUGGCAGAUAUGUUUUGUCAUUUCAAGGGUACGACAGAAUCUUUUGGUAUUUCAAAAAAUAAAUCGGUUCAGUUUUGGCUCAGUAAUUUAGAAUUAUCACAUUUAAACAAAACAUUAUCAGAAAUAUUAUUAUUUUUUAUACAAAAAGCUAUAUCAGAAUCUUUGUCUAUGUUUCCCCAAAUUCUUAUGGAGUCUGAAGAAGUUAGUUGCUAUCUUUUAAUUAUUGUUGUCGAUAAAAAUCUUAUACUUUCAAUGUGUUCAAAUAAUUUAAAACUUUCAACUAAACAAGUCGUUAAAGUUAAAUACAAAUAUUAUACCCAUAUGGAUCAAGAAAUAAAAUCAGUAAAAAAUGAGCAAUUUGGCACUCUGAGUCAUAUCUUGGUUCCCAAUAACUUCUUAGAAUUUACAUUAAAAUAUUUAGUGGAAAAUUCAGAAAAAAUUCCAACAAUAUUCAGUAAAAUGGAAAAUGAUAAUGCAGUCAUGACUUACUUAAAUCUAUAG